AUGGACACUCAACGGCGUCGUCAACAUCAUAGCUGUGACCCAUGUCGGAAAGGGAAGAGAGCCUGUGAUGCGCCUGCACGCAGAGACAGAGACCGUCAUACCGGGGAGGUUUCAUCGUCCAACCAAGCCAGCAGCGACACCAUCACCUGCUCCAACUGCAGGAAAUAUAAUCGGGAAUGCACCUUCAAUUGGCUGUCUGAGAACCGGGCGGCGGCACGCGGAGGGAAGAAGCAGAAGACGAGGAAUGCGACCGGGCCGUCGCGCGUGGACGCACAGCACGCGUCGAAUCCGUUCACGCAGGCCGCCGUGCUCGGGGAUAUGCUGUCCUCGUCGCAGUGGCUGUCCGAGACGCUGGGGCAGGGAGUCUGGUCGGGGAACGCCGUCGAUCAGUCCGCUCCCUGGUCGCUGGGACAUGCGGGUGCGGUCGCGAUCCCGCUACGAGGCAAGGAGCCGGACCUCGACCCCUUCCGCAUGUUCUCCUGGCAUACGAACGCGGGGCAUGUCCCACCGAGCCUGGCAGAGUCGUCGGGGGUGGUGGUACCGGAUCACGAAGAGCUGGGUGGCGGCCCCAGUCUGGGGUACUACCAGCAGAGUCGAUCGCAGUCAGGACCCCGUUCGUUCGAUGGGACAUUCGACGUGUUCCCUCCUCCUCCGCCUCGAUCGGAUGACUCGAGUCCCGGGCUCACUGACUCCUACUAUUCCUCGUCGCCGGGGUUUCCCUUCCUGGACAGUGCGGAGGCUCGGCGCCAGGAUCUCACGGCGGGCGACAACGGGGAGGGCUUGGGAUCGAAAGAUUCCAUCAGCAGUCUGUCGGUGUUGUCAGAUAACAUCGCAGACGGCUAUGCGCGCUCGAUGAUGACGCGGAACUUGGUACGAAUAUACCACGACAGCAUGGAGAAUGCGCUCUCCUGCUGGCUGACGGAACAGAACUGUCCGUACAACACGGCCCUCUCCCCCUACAAGUCGGCCCCAAACAACGGACUAAUCCGUCCAGCCGAAACGGCCUGGGCGCCGAGCUGGACGAAUCGAAUAUGCACCCGCGUGUGUCGGCUGGACCGAGCAUACGCCUCGGCUCGGGGCCGGAGUCUCAGCGCGUCAGAGGAAAAGAUGGCGUCCCGGGCGCUGCACACGGCGAUCAUGGCGUUCGCGUCGCAGUGGGCGCAGAAGAUGCCCCGGAAGGAUGGCUUCUCGCCCACGUCGCCGGUCGCCCACAAGGAGCGGGCCAUGCGGGAGACGCUCUGGAACCAAGCACGGCGAGCGCUGGAGAAUGCCGCGGGCGUUCCGUCGUUCCGCGUCGCUUUCGCCAACAUCAUCUUCUCCGUCGGACAGCGGCCGCUGAAUACCGACGAAGACCUGGAGCUGCAUGAGUUGUUGGAGGACGACAGCGCCCCCUUGUUUCUGGAAGCGGCCGUGCGCCAGCUCUUUUCCAUAAAACACAAACUCACGCGAGCGCAGAGGCAGAAGAAGCCCAGGGCCGGGAGUCUGGCCCAACCCACCCCUGUCGAGGUCUCGAGUACGGCCAGUGAGUUUCUGUCCGCCGCGUCGACCGGCGUGCCGUUGCAGGCGGACGCCUUCUACACCGACCCCGAAUAUCAAGAGACCAUCAACCUCAUGUUCUGGUUGGUGGUCAUGUUUGAUACCCUGACCGCCGCCAUGUAUCAGCGGCCGUUGGUGAUCUCCGACGAGGACACUCAGAUCACAUCGAUCACUCCGUCCGACAACGGCAACGACAACGAAGCCCGCGUCGAUCUGGACGGCUGGAACAUGACGUACGCGCGCGCCCUGCAAGAGAAACAGGAUCUCUGGGGCGACUUCUUCCUCCGCAAACGCGCAGCACGGCAGCAGCAGCAGCAGCAGGCGGACCCGCCCUCGUGGCCCUGCUCCUACGACGAGGCGGCCGAGGUACUCUCCGACGCCAGCCCCGUCAAAGUCCUCCUCUUCCGCCAGGUCACCCGUCUCGAGACACUCGUCUACCGCGGCGCGAGCCCCGAGCGCCUGGAAGAAGCCAUCCAGAAGGCGCUGCGCAUCUACCAGCACUGGAACGCCGCGUACAAGCGCUUCUUCACCACCUGCAACGCCCACCACGACGACUUGCCCCCGCGCAUCCAGGCCUGGUACGUCAUCGUGGCGGGCCACUGGCACCUGGCCGCCAUGCUACUCGCCGACGCCGUCAAGGGCAUCGACGAGGGACGACUGGGGCUGGACAGCCAGCGCGAGGCGCGCGGCGCCAUCGACUUUGUCGCGACGCUGCGGCGCGACAACGCGCUCGCCGCGGGGGCCAUCGCCCAGCGCUGCCUGCAGGGCCAGGUCUCGCUCUCCGGCAAGUUCGACUCGUUCCACGACUCGGUCAACGAGGCGGCCUUUCUGACGGAGCCGUGGACCCUGGUCCUGAUCCGCUGCUUCGCCAAGGCCGCGUACAUCCUUCUCGACGAGAUCAGCCUCCAUCCCCCGCCCCCGCGGGCCGGAUACGGCCGGCCCGGCGAUGACCCGGCCGAGUAUGCGCGGCGGACCUGCGAGUUCUGCAUCUCAGCGCUGUGGUGUCUCGGCACCAAGUCGGACAUGGCGUUUGUGGUGGCGCGGUCGCUGUCAAACCAGUUGGAGCGGAAGGUGGGGAGGCGGGCGAGUCCGGGCUGCUUCCAAUGCACCAAACGACGAAUCAUCUGCGACGGCGGCGACCCCGUGUGCGCCAAAUGCCAAAAGAAAGGGAUUGAGUGCUCCGGACAGUCGCGGAUCCGGUUCACGAAUGGCGUCGCCUCGCGCGGGAAGCUGAAGGGAUGUGUUAUCCCCGUUGUGGGGGUGAGGGCGGAGAGCGUCUUUGCGCAGGGGGCGCCGGUGCGCUCGCAGCUACGAUGGCGCGAGGGGAGGGUGCAUAAACGGGUGAGGAGGGGUGGGAAGGAGGAGGGGGUGGAGGUGGAGGAUACACUGGGGAGGGGUGGGUUGGAUGGAGAUGCAGAUGCAGAUGCAGAAGAAGAGGUCACUCGUGGAAGCGAGAUCUGUCCGCUCGCGCCGUGGGUGGCUCCGCUGGGUGCGCGCGCGCGCAUGCUCUUCUCGCACUUCGCGCGCGACGUCGCCCCCGUCAUGGUCCUCCUCGACGACGUCGCGAACGGAUACCGCGACUUCAUCCUCCCCAUGGCCUGCGGCGACGACCUCGUGCGGCAGGCCGUCGAGGUCGUCGCGACGCAGUACCUAGCGCAGCUGCAGCCAGCGUUCUCGGCUGCUGCUGAGACGGGCCGCGCGGCGCUGAUUUCGCGCCUGCGCCGCGAGUCGCUGCUCCGGGCGCCGGAGCGUGUCUUCAGCGCCGAAACAUGGGCCACGCUGAUCGUGCUCCUUGUUGGCGAAACGGUCACCGCAAGCGACGAGUACCAUCAUCUGCUGCGCACGCUGCACUCGGUGACGCACAACGCGGCGCCGGUGCGCUCGGAUGUCGCCAAGUUCCUGCUCCAGCAGACACACAUGUUCGAACUCCUCGGCCAACCGCUCCUCAGCGAAGACCAAGGCCUGCUAGUCCUCCGCUCCCCACCCUCCCAAACCCUCGACUGGCUCGCCUACGACCUCCCCGCCACAUCCACCCACCACGCCCUCCUCCACCUCACCCGACAAGCCUUCACGCUCGCCUCGCGCAUCUACCUGCACCGCGCAACCACGAACCACGAACAGCGGGCGCUGGCGACGCAGCUCCGCGCGGUGAUCGCGCAGAUCGACGCGGACGCGCCGGGCGCGCACGCGCUCGUCUGGGCGUGUUUCAUCGCCGCGGCGGAUAGCGCCGACGAGGCGCUGCGGGCUUUCUUCGUGGCGAGGCUGCGGGAUGUGUAUGCGCGCACGCGGUUCCGGAAUGUGGAUGCGGCGGUGCGGGCGUUGCCGGGGAUUUGGGCGGGGGCGGGGAGGUGGACGGAGGGGUUGGGUGGGAUGGGGGUGUUGGUGAUGUGA